AUGAACUUGGAACAGUCAGAGUCUGGGGCUACUAUAACUGGAAGUGAAUCGAUCACAGGGCUACUUCAGUUAAUCAAGGGAAAUGUACCAAAGGAAACAAUAACUGUUUAUGAAGGAACAAUCUCCCCAUUCACCCCAAGGCCAAUUUGUCCGAAUAAUGAAUUUGACAGUAACUUAGAGUACAAUAUUAUUGUGUUUGAUGUCGAGACAAACACAACAGGUAAAGCUGCCCAGUUGUGCCAGCUUUCAGCUGUUGAUAAGACCGGCCAAAAGUGUUUUUCCGAGUAUAUUUUGCCUGACAAAGACAUCGACAAAUAUGCCACACGGGUAAAUAAACUGACAGUAAAAUUAGUUGGUGGCAAACGAACACUUUUUAAAGAUGAUGUAGCUUUAAAAACACUUACCUGUCAAGAUGCAACUUCUCGAUUUGUCAACUAUAUUCACAGCUGCAUCGAAUCCAGCAAGGCUAGGACGAACAAAGGUGUAUGUGCAGUUCUAAUCGGCUAUAAUGCAAGGCGUUUCGACAUCCCGAUAUUGCUUCGUAACAGUGCCAGUGAAAUUCACGCCAAAAUGCAAGCUUUAGGGAUUUGUUUUGGCGACAGUCUUCCAUUGUUCGAGCACCUGAUAAAGAUCAAACAUCCAGCGUUAACCCAAUCAAAUGGUCGAAGAUGUUCGUCAAACAAGUCGUCGAUCUACGAGG